UAGAAAAUGUCGACAGCAUGGCUUUUAUGUCGAGUUCAUGUGUCUACAUGUUCAUCACGGGUUAUAUAAGUAUUUGUGUUCAUUCUGUGGUUGUUGUUCAUUAUUAGAAUUUCCAGGUAAUUAGCUAAAUAGCUCAACUCGAGCUCAGUUGCUUUGAGGAGCACGUUUCCAGACAAUCGUCCGGUUUUGCUAGCAGCUGUGUUAGCUAGUUAUGAGAGCUAGCUAGCUAGCUGUAGCUAACAACAUUAGCUAGCUAGGUACAGCAGUGGGACUUGGAAGCCAGCUACUGAGUGCAAUGUUUUCCUCAUGUUUCGUGAUAGCAUUACAAACUUCGGCAGACAUCGAGACAUACGAAAUAAGAAAUACCACAUUUGUUUUUCAAAUGCGUAGUUUUUUUUGACAAGAACAUAAACAACUGCACUGCAGACUGCAAUGUCGUCUGGAGGCCAUCAAUGUAGGUGCUGUUCCCACCAACUUGCGUCCCCCAGUGCGCACCAAACAUUGGAUGAAAUGGACUUCGAAAGAGGUAUCUGGUCUGCUGCAAUGGAUGGAGACUUGGAGAGGGUCAAAUCACUUGUCAAGAAGGGUACAGACCCUAACCUAAGAGACUCAGCCAAUUACACUGCUCUGCACUAUGCCAGCCGCAGUGGGCAGGAGUCUGUAUGUAAGUUCCUUCUUGAGAGCGGGGCAUGUGCCAACCCUCAGACGCCGGGUGGGGCCACUCCUCUUCACCGAUCUGCCUACUGUGGACAGCUGGAUGUGGUCCAGCUGCUGCUUCACCAUGGGGCAGAUCCCCAGCUAUGUGAUGGUGAUGGAUCCUCCCCAUUACAUAAGGCUGCAGAGCAGGGCCAUGAAGAGGUCUGCAGACUCCUUCUCCAGUGCUGUCCCUCCCUCCGGAGCCACACAAACAAGAAGUCCCAGGUACCUUACCAGCUAGCACCAGAUGGACAUCUGAAGAAGCUCCUGGAACCCCCACAAUAACACAGGGACACCCAGCUUAACCAAAGUCAACACAACACUUUACCUAUCUGGUUUACUAGAAGCUUAUCAGUGAGGCAGUCACUUGAGUUCAGCAUGUCUGUGUUUGUUUUCUUAAGGUCCCCACCUAAACUGGCUGGUAAGAGAUUGAUGUUAUCUGUUGUAUUUCUUUCUCAACCAGCAGGGGGAGCAAGUAUACCAGCAAUUGGUUUACUUUGUCUCUGAACGUUCACUCUCACAAAAUGCCAUGGCACGCUGAUCCUGACAUCCUGGCCCUGAAUUUGUUAGGUCUGGAUGACCCUUGGAUAACUGCAGUAGCAGACGCCUGUUUGUCUGUACUAGCUGCUUUGAGCCAUAGAGCAAGUGCACGUCUGUGAAAAAGAUGUACUGGAAAACUGAUGACUGGGUAAAAAAUGAAUCUGGCAGUAGUUUGCUUCUUGUUCUUCUGUUUUUUCAUAGAAGGUUGUGAAGCUGAAGAGGCUUUACAUAUGGUGGGAGUGCAUUCCAUAUGGUGUGAGACUGAAAUGUGUAUGAGUGUGUUGUAGAGUGUAAGUAAUUCUGCAGCCUAUGGAUUUUCCUUGGACAAAGGAAAUAGCACCAGCCUCAACAAAAAUAGGAUUAAUCAAGCAAAUUAGUUGGCUUUAGUUUGACAACAAAUACAUUAUUUAUAUAAUGAAAAACCUCUCAACAUUUUGUCUGUUCAGUUACGAUGUGUAAGACUUGUAUAAUGUGUAAAUGAAUGGAUUUAUUGUCUUGAUAAUGGAUCUUGUUUUAUUGGAUCAAGUCUAUAACAUUUGUGGUUACGGACACCAGAGGAAAAAUUACAUCUUAUAUGUCUGGACUUAAUAAUAAUAAUAAUAAUAUGCCAUUUAGCAGACGCUUUUAUCCAAAGCGACUUACAGUCAUGGCAGUAGCAACUUGGCCAACAUCCUUGCCUUUCAAUAAUUAGCUAAAUAUAUGGUUUGGAGUUCAACUUUUUGCUGUCUCUCUCUUGUUAGUAUUAAUUAAACUGAAUAAAUAAAAAACUCCAAACAUAUUCUCUUAAUAUUACUACCAUCUUUACAA